AUGCGUGGCUUGAGCAAGCUCGACAAAUUGAAAGAGUUGCUUGCCAAUAUAAAUAACUUCGCCGAGAAGAACGUUCAGGCUCUUUUGGCCGCAGCGGCACGGAAGUUUCAAACACCUAUCGUUGAUUUCCUCCUCUCGACAUUUCCGUCUAUCCCUGUCGAAGACGAAGUUAUCGAGCAGCCGUCUACGUACGAUCCACAGACCUCUUUUCGGUUCUUCUUUCCAACGGUCCAGCAUACAUCAAUCGCCAAUUCGACGAACGGGGUACGCACAUUACAUCAGCUUCCACUUGAGUUUUUGGAGUUUUCGUUGAAGGCAGGCGCAGAUCCAGCUCAGAACCCAGAUUUUGCUCUUCCUCAGUUGAUAAGCGUAGCAGGGUUCUAUGGCGACAUUAGAGUCCCAGAGGCUUUGUUGAAGUAUGGCGCAAGCGUGGAGGGCUUUGAUCAGGAGAUCGAGGCCGCGUUGAAGUAG